UAGACUACUCGUGCAAAAUUUGCUCGCUCACACACGCAUUUCUUUCUUUUUCUCUUUCUACCUUUCUUUCUCUUUCUCUCUCUCUCUCGGUCUCUCUCUCCCUUUUUCUCUCGUGCUCUCGCGUGUCGUGCUCUCGUCGCGUAUUUCUCUCUGGUAACUCUCCUCCACUGUCAAUCGCGGCGAGGAUAAACUCUAGCCAUCUUCUGCUCGAGUGUGCGAGCUGUGCGUGAUCAGUGUGCCAAACAGUGUCCGAGUCGCAGACGACGCAAGAAGAUCUCGUUUGGUGCGUCGCGAGUGCUCAACCAAGUGUACGUACAUGUCAUUCGCGUAGCGAGAUAUCUCGUCCUGGACGAUGCCAUCGUCCGCAGCGAUCAAAGCAGGACGACUCGCGAGGCAAGUGUCGAUGCCGAAUCGAGUGUGAAUAUCUCAGUCGGGUACGUUGGCUUUGGCAAUCGAUCGGGUGUGCUCCCCCCCACGAGUGCUCAGUGACGAGUGCGAGAAAGUGUCAUUUUUACCCGAAAACAUUCUCGAUAACGACGCAAAACUGGUGUGCUCGGCGAUAAGAGCCGUCGCAAGCGUUUCGCCGUCGGGCAGCAUGUGUAGCACCGAAAUGAGCGAGGCGGCGGCUUACACAAUGUCACCGGGCGCGGCGACCGCCAGCAGCAGCGCCAACCCCGGUGCUUGCGGCCUGGUGCGCUCCCCCCAGAGGCCUGUGGCCAGCGCGGCCACCAGCAGGAACUGCUCCUCGCCCCAGCCACCCCAGCCGCCACAGCCGACGUCGUCGAGAACCAACAACGACCUCGACGACGACGAGAUCUCGGUGGGCUGUCCUAGUCCGCUGCCGCUGGUCGUCGGCAGCAGCAGCCAGCACAAGAGCAGCAGCGCACCGAGGCAGAGAUCGGUCAGUCCGUGUCGGGUGUCCAGUUACCAGGGCGACGACGAGGACGAGCGAUGCUCGAGAGACGAGGAGUACACGCGGGACAGGGAACAGCGGCGGAUCAGGUCGCUGGGCUCGUCGCGGCGCCACAGCAGCGCGGAGCUGUCGGGGCUGCGAGAGAUGGAGGACGAGGACGACAUCGACGAGGACGACGACGACGAGGCGGUGGCCGACGAGGAGCAGCGGCGAGCUCGGGGCAACGGCGCCGACGACUACUUCAAGCCCCUCAAGAGGCUGAAGAUGGUGCAAGUGGCCCAGUCGGAGGACGAGGAGGAGAGCCGGGAGCGCGAGAGCUCGGCCAGCGAGCGAGGCGUCAAGUCCUUCAGCAUCAUCGACAUCCUGUCGCACCGGCCCAAGGCGAAAAUCGUCCGGCCUUGGGACACGGAGGAGCAGAAUCACAGGCACGAGAACAGCCACCCGAGCAAUCACCAGCACGGGCUGCAUCAGCACCACCAGCACCAUCACUCGGUGACGGCGCACUUCGGCCACGGUGGUCCGCGAGAUCUCUCCAUCAUGGGCAUGUCGCUGGCCUCGAUGUCGGGCUCGAUAAGCGAGCCGCCGCUCAGCAGCUCCUCCAGCUCCGGUCGAAGUUCCGUCUCGGACUCGGGCAGUCCGGACCCGCUGGUGCAUCAUCACCAUCACCAUCACCACCAGCAUCAUUCGCUGCACUCGGGCAUGCAUCACUCGAGCAUGCAGCAGCAGCAGCAGCACCAUCACCACCAGCUCAAGAGGAAAAGCUCGCACCAGCACGGCUCGCAGUCGGGCCCCAAUGGAAAGAGAACCCCGAGCCAGGGAGGAGGUCCGUUGGACGCCCUCUUUCAGAUGACCAGUAAAACUUUUGACGCCGGCGAGCACAGCCAAGAACAAGCUAAUCAUCUGCACUUAUUCAACAAUCGUCAGCAGCCUAAGAAGAAGCGAAAGAGCAGAACAGCCUUCACGAAUCAACAAAUAUUCGAGCUGGAGAAGCGUUUCCUGUACCAGAAGUACCUGUCGCCGGCGGACCGCGACGAGAUCGCCGCUCAGUUGGGACUCAGCAACGCCCAAGUCAUCACCUGGUUCCAGAAUCGCCGAGCCAAGCUCAAGCGAGACAUGGAGGAGCUCAAGAAGGACGUGCAGACGGUCAAUCCGCUGCUGGUGGCUCAGCAUCACAAGACCUUCCUCGAGAACGUCCAGGACCUGGGCAUACUCAAGAAGCGACCUCUGCCCAACAGCAUCGACGAAAAAUCUUAAGCGGACCGUUAGCUCCGUUUUGAGUUUAUUUUUAAGGCAGUCGAGGUCGAGUCCUGUGGAAUGACGAGCGUCAACGAGUCUUGCGAAUCGACUAUCGACUACCACUCGACCGGCUCUUGGCCGACAAACAGUAUUGUUACGAUUUAAGAUAAUCUUACGAAACUUCGACACUCUCUCCAUGUACGUGUAAAUUUAUCCUAUUCAACGGGUCAUUUAUGAUAUUGUCAAUGUGUACAUAUUAAUUAGCGAUCUAUCUACAAAACAGCCAAUUAAUCUUUUUACUCGCACAUGAUAUUACUUAUUACUUAAAUCGAGUAUGUUUGAAAAUUUACUGACCCAAAUUGUUAUUGCUUAUAAAUAUUUUACAUAACUACGAGUGAAUAUUAGUGUACUAUAAUGUAAUUAUGUGUGUUGAAAGGUGUAGAAAAGGUAUAUGUUGUAUGUAUUGUAACCAUUUUAAAUAACGAAGAUUGCAAGUAUUGCGAUCGUGCGCGUGCCGUAUGCGUGUGUAUUUCCCUCUUCGAGGUGUGUAAAUAUCAAUUGUACAUAGAAGAAUUUCCCAAUAAAUCGUUUUGGGAAUAUUUUUAUUUUCUGUUCAGGAAAAUUUGAAUUUUAUACAUGUCGUCGAUGUACUAUGUAUCAUAUCGAAUUCUAUGUUACACGUAGAAUAUAAAGAAAAUUUCUUCUCUCGGCGUGGAAUCGAGGGAUCAUGAGCGCGCUAUAAGCAUCUAAGUGAUACUAUACUAUAUUAUUAUUAAAAAUAAUUAUUAUAAUAAUUAUUACUAUGAUUAUGAUUAUUAUUGUAUACAGCGGGCACUGCAAUAUAAAUACAGCUGUCGGUUAUAAAGUUUUAGGGAUUCUUUAUUUAUUUAUUUUUUUUUUGUAAUCGAAAUAAGAAAAUGUUGGAGUGCAAAAAUUCGGCUCACAAUGUGCUUGAGUUGCUGUGGCUACGUCGGCUCCUACUCGAUACAAGCUUGUGUCAAAUAUUAAAUACGUUUCGGGCAGAAAUUUUGUUUUCGUUGCAAAAUUAUAACGAUCAACUAAAUUGUACUAAAAAGCAUAGGGGUUAGUCAGAGUGCACUUGCACAUUUACGGAUAUUGGCGAAAAU